GACAAAAAACCCAUAAUCAUGACAACCGAAUUGUAUUUGUCAAAAUUCAAAAUUAGACGUUUCAUUUCCAAAAGUUUCUCGUGCUAUUAUGUAAUCAAAAUUCUAGUAUGAGUUUGUUUUUAAAAAACCUUCCGAAAUCAUUCUUUCGUGCAAUUGUUUCUUCACGACCGAUUUUUGACAAAGCAACUUCGCUUUUCCCAUCUAUUGCCCACCAAUCAGCCAAAUUACCGAUUCUGCAAAUUGGCAGAAGCCAUGCAAGGACUAUUUGCUUCAGUUCGAAUGAAGACAGGAGGAAGCAAUUCCUGAAAAAGUACAGCUUUGGGUACGAUCGACGAUACUCAAAAAAGGCGAAGAAAAGUCCCAAAACUUCGGCGAAAUCGUCAAAAACGAAACAGAAAAUUUCUUCCGGUUCUGUCGAAUGUUCUGUCGAAAAAGGGGAGAUUGAGUGUUCCAUCGAUUGCGGAAAGUUAUCAGGAGGUCGGAAAGAAGGUUCAAAAGCCAAAUCAAGUUGUUCCCUCAAAAAAGAUAAGCCACUCAAAAAAGAAGAAAUCCCGAUUUCGAAAAAACCUCCAAUCCCGAAGUAUAAAAAAGAAAUAAGCCAAUCAGAACGAUGCGACGUUAAGGCUUUGACUGGUACUUGGGUGAGCAAAAAAUGUAUCAAAUUUGACUUUUCCUGUGGUAAAAAAUGUGCCAAACGUGACCCUACCACAAAACCGGUCAAACUUGAAGAUGAAUAUAAGAAGAAACCUUCACUUUUCGAAAUGUGCAAAAAGGCUUCUUCGAAAGAACUCGCAAGGAAGGCAAGUCAAGAGAAGAAAGAAGCAAGUUGUAAGCCAAAAUGUGGUAGCAAAACUGAAAUGAAGAAAAAAGAAUCGACUUGUGGUAGCAAAACUGAAGUGAAGAAGAAAGAAUCGACUUGUGGUAGCAAAACUGAAGUAAAGAAGAAAGAAUCAAUUUGUGGUAGCAAAACUGAAGUAAAGAAGAAAGAAUCUACUUGCAGCCAAACAAAAACUGAGAAAAAAUCAAAACCGUGUUCGGCAAAAGAGAAGAAAGAAGAAAAAGUAGUGAAACCUUGUGGGGGCACUGGAGACGAAGAAAAAGUCGACCAAAGUCCUCUAAUGCAGUGUGUGGAACAAUGUUCAAAACGUGGGAAAAAGAAAUCAAAAGGAACACACGACCCUAAAUCUUCAUGUAAAAAGAAAAGCGGUAAAAAACCACAUUGCAAAACGGCAAAACAUAAAAAACCUUCCAAAGAAACCCAAAAAAAGAAAUCUUGUAAGCCGUGUACUAGUAAAAAAGAAGAAACCAAAAAAGGGGCUAAAUCUGAAAAACCUUGUUCCAGUCAAGAAAGCAAACCUAAAGACGUAAACUCUCACUGUCCUGAAGCUAAAACUGACGUUAAACCCGUAAAUACUUCACUUGUCAUGGAUACUUACGAUCAAGAGAAGAAAUCUUGUGAAGAAACUGAUCAAAAAAGUGCGGAAAUGAUUGAAAAAUUAAAGAAAGAGUUAGAAGAAUGCAGAAAAGCAAAACAAAGAGACAGACUUGAAAAGGCCAAAAAGUGUUUACCGGAAAUGAAGCUCGAUACAUCACUUCCGCCUGCAAAAGAACAGGAAAAAGAUGUUAUAUCAGGAAGCAAAAGCUUUAUUAAGAAUGUUUGCGAUGGUAUAUUUAGUAAAAAUGAGAAACCACCAAGUAAAAGCAAGUCGGCUCCUGUUGUCAAAAAAACGAAACCUGGGAAACCGGUUAAAAUAAUCAAGAGUGCUGGUUGUACAUUUGACUUGGACCCGAGUCACUGUAAGAAAAAGAAAGACGAAAAGAAGAAGGAAAAAACUGGUAAAGAAAAAUCAAAGAAAGAAUGCAAAGAAGAAUCUUCAAAAAAGAGACGAAAACAAGCAGCACCUUGUAAAUACGAAGAAUUAAAACUAAAAUCAAGUUGUGAGAAGAGCAAACCUGAAAAGAAGAAAUCAUCCUGUGGUUCUAAAGAGAAAUCGGCUGAAAAGAUAGAUCCGUGUGGAACACAACAAAAAGAGAAGAAAGCAGAAAAAGCAAGUUGUUCAAAAAAAGUUGAGAAGAUCUUGCCAUGUGACCAAAAAGAGAAGCAAGCAGAAAAACCAAGUUGUUCAAAAAAAGAGACCAAGAAAAUUUCGCCAUGUGACCAAAAUGAGAAGAAAGUAACACCUGAAUGCGAGAAAAAAUCAUCAACUUGUUCAAAAACUGAGAAAAAGAAGGAUUUUUCAUGUGGUUCAAAAAAAUCCGAGACCAAAACAUCAUGUUCCAAGCAACCUAAAAAAUCAGAAAGUGUUUGUUCUAAGAAAUCGGAUAAAAAAGCUUCUCUUGUAUCUUGUAAAAAAGGGAAGAAAUCAGAAUCUGACUGUAAGACAAAAGAAGAAGACGGGCCACCUGAUCAAAGUCCAAUUAUGCAAUGUAUAGCACUUUGCAGAAAAAAGAAGAAAGCUAACACUCCCCAACAAGGUAAAGGAAUACCUCCCCGAGAUAAAUCAGAUGCUCUAAAGAUCCCAAAGUCUUUAAAAAAUUAACUGUCUUUAAUGAAACACCUACAUGCAAAGAAGAAAAAGAAGAAAUUAAAAAUUUUGUUCCAUGCAAAUAUGAAGAUAUCAAGCCAGGAAUAAGAAAAGUAGAAGAUUGUGACUCUCAUGGCCAAAUUUACCAACAG